UUUUUUUUGGGUUGUAUUUUUUUCUUGGCUUUUCCUUCUUGCUUAACUUGGGAGAGCCGGGGAGGGCUGGGGGAGCGCUGCCAAAGUGGCCGUCCCUGUCCACACGUGCGCCCGGCCUCGCUCUGCUCGGCUGCGGAACGGGCGCACGGAGGGGAAUGGGAGCGCAGGGGGCAUCGCGGAGCGGCCAGGUGAGUGCUGUCCGAGGGCUUCAGCUGGGACAGGGCAAAGGAAGGCGUCGCUGCUUUACCUGGGACCUGCGGCGGUGCGGAGCUUCCUACAAGUGUGGGCAGCUGGGUGUGAGCAGCAGCUCCGGGGACUUUGCUCCAGGGCUCCACGUGCUCUCGAUCUUUAGGGCGCGGGUUGGCGAGCGGGGACUCCCCAUUCCGACCCCCUAUUCCCACCCCUGUGAGCCGCUGUCAGUGACAGCGAGCUUGGAAAGGGGGAUGGCAAUGAGGACACCCAUGUGGGGCGGCCUCCCAGCUGACACCGACAUGGGGGGACGCAGCUCCCCGUUGUCACCCCUGUUGGGACGCGGUGACCCGGCGCUCACCCGUGCCAUGAUCUCCCGUCCGGUGCCUCCAGCAGCAGUUGCUCCCGCUCUGCAGAUGGAGAAACUGAGGCAGCUCUGUGGCCUCAGGGCAGGUUUCCUUGUGGGCGCCCCUGCUGAGUCAGUAGGGCCGGGGUGGGGCCUGGCUCCUGCUGCGCCCGGCCGGGAUAACGGGGAGGAAAUCACUUGUGCAUAUUUGAUUACAACCCGCAGGUCACCAGCGGGGCCGCUGCCUGUGAAAUGUGGCAAUGCCACCGGGUGCCCCGCGGGGACGGGAGGAGGGGGAGCCCCAGCCGGGGGGCAGGUGUCGUGCCCUUCGUGGCCCUGCUGCUGCUGCAGAGGAGGCCGGUGGCCGGGCGGGCGCUGCUGGGGACGGGCUCUACGUGUCCCACCAACGGGCUGUGCCGGGCCAAUGUCCAGGAGCAGACCCGCAGGCAGGUUGCACUGCUCAACGCCACUGCACAGGACCUCUUCAGCCUCUAUCUGAAGUGCCAGGGAGAGCCGUUCAGCAGCGAGAGCGACCGCCUCUGCAGCCCCAGCGGGAUCUUCUUCCCUCCCUUCCACGUCAACCGGACCACCGAGAGGAAGGAAGUGAUGGUGGCCAUGUACAAGCUCUUUGCCUUCCUCAACGCCUCUCUUGGGAACAUCACCCGCGACCAGGAGGAGCUCAACCCCACGGCCAAGGAGCUCCUCGACCGCCUCCACAACACCACCAAGACCACGCGGGGCCUCAUCUCCAACCUCACCUGCCUGCUCUGCAAGCACUACAACAUCUUCCAGGUGGAUGUGAGCUAUGGGGAGAGCAGCAAGGGCAAGAGCGCCUUCAAGAAGAAGCAGCAGGGCUGCCAGGUGCUCAGGAAGUACGUGCAGGUCAUCGCCCAGGCUGCUCGUGUCCUCCUACCUCACCUCAGCCCCGCGUGAGCCCCGGCCCCUGUGCCCUGCUGCAACCGGGACAGCAGACAUCUCCUUGCAUCCAUCUCAAUGAUGGGCACGGCGAGGCCUCACCACCUCCUCACCUCUCGCCAUCCUAUUUAUUACCUCCUGCUGAUGCUGCACCGGACCCGGGCCAACCCAUGCUUUAAUUUAUUUUCCUGUUCAGGAGAGGACAUAGGCAUGAGGUUCUGUCCCCCGCACCCUGGAGCCCCACGGGGAUGCUCAGCCCCACAGCUUGGGGCUCAUCACAGACAUUGUGACAAACCAGGAGGAGGCGACCCGCUCCCAACGGAUGCCCUCCAGCAUCCAACAAAAGGGAUUUUCCCCUUUUGGAUGCACUUGCACCCACCACAUCCAGCAGUAACGCUGGGGACGCGCUCCCACAAUGCGCUGUGGGGCCGGCACCCCUACAGUGGGGCUGAACUGGGGGUGUGGGGUGGCCAGGGCUGGGUCCCGCCACCCAAUGGGGACAGGGAUGUGAUGCCAGGGAGCACCCAUGGAUGUUCGCACUGCCCGCUGGCACAGACGGGGUCUUGGCCAACAUGGGGACAUGGGGCCAAGCCAGGGGCGGUGGCAGGAGGCGCUGGCUCGUCCCUGGUGCCGGGGUGGGGGCCGGGGGUAUUUAUAGACUCGGACCUGGUGUUUAAUAAUAUUAUUAAUAAUAAUAAUAAUAAUUAAUAAGAUUUUUGGUAAUAUAUAUAUAUAGAAUUCUAUUUAAAUAUUUAUUUUUUUAUACUUCUUUCCUCCCAGUUGUUUUGUUGUGUUUUUUUUUAAUAAACCAAGA